UGGGGCCCCCGGGCAAUAGGGGAUCAUGGGGCCCCUGUGUCCUUGCCCAAACUACAAAAAGCCUAUGAAAAAGGUACCAGGGGCAUCUCAUGGGGCCCCCUACUGAACCCGAGCCCUCGGGCAAACAAUUGCCUUGCCUGCAGCUGCCACGCGUCCAGCAGUAAAAGUGCCGUGGGCAGGGGUGGACUGACAACUCAUGGGGCCCCUGGGCAAUAGGGGAUCAUGGGGCCCCUGUGUCCUUGCCCACACACACAAAGCACACCCAAAAAAGCCUAUAAAAGGUACAGGGCAUUUCUUGGGGCCCCCUACUGACCCCGGGCCCUCGGGCAGUGCCAGAGUUUCCAAAUGGUCAGUCCACCCCUGCAC